UUAGCGCAGAUUCGGCGCUUCAUAUAACGUAGUAGUGUGUCCUAGAUUGUUUAUGCUCGUGUCUUCAGUUCGUGAUGUAAUAUCAUUGUAUUUUGUACAUUUACCUCCGAUAUCUGCAGCGCCAGACGGAAGAGUCACCCUCGACGUGUACGUGGUCAGUUGGCGUGUCCCGACUUGGAGUGACGUCCGUCAUCGCAACUUGAAGGAAGUCGAGCUUCAAGAUGUCUGUAGCGGGCUUGAAGAAGCAGUUUUAUAAAGCCAGUCAGAUGGUAAGUGAGAAAGUCGGAGGUGCUGAAGGGACUAAACUAGAUGAUGACUUCAGAGACUUGGAACGGAAAGUAGAUGUGACCAGUAAGGCUGUAGUGGAGGUGAUCUCCAAAACCUCUGAGUACCUUCAGCCCAACCCAGCAUCACGGGCCAAGCUGUCCAUGUUGAACACCAUGUCUAAGAUCCGUGGGCAGGUGAAGAACCCAGGCUAUCCUCAAGCUGAAGGGCUGCUGGGCGAGUGUAUGGCCAAGUAUGGACGAGAACUGGGAGAAGACACUAACUUUGGUGGAGCACUAGUGGAUGUAGGAGAGGCCAUGAAGAGACUGGCAGAAGUCAAAGACUCUCUAGACAUUGAUGUCAAACAGAACUUUAUUGAUCCUUUGCAAGGACUCUGUGACAAGGACCUCAGAGAAAUACAGCACCACCUCAAGAAGCUGGAAGGUCGUCGCCUGGACUACGAUUACAAGAAAAAGCGUCAGGGCAAAAUCCCAGAUGAGGAGGUUCGACAGGCCCUGGAGAAGUUUCAUGAGUCAAAGGAGGUGGCUGAGACCAGCAUGUAUAACCUGCUGGAAACUGAUAUAGAGCAGGUGAGCCAGCUGUCAUCUCUGGUGGAGUCCCAGCUGCAGUACCACAGACAGGCUGUGCAAGUGCUUGAGGAGCUUUCUGACAAACUUCGAGACAGGAUGAAUGAGGCUCAGUCUCGACCCAGGCGUGAGUACACACCCAAACCCAAACCUAUCUUUGAUUUCGGAGACAACAACCAUUCAAAUGGUGGCUACUCAACCUCAAUGGCCCCUCCACCUUCACGCAACUCAGCCCCGGAGCAGCCGAGCUGUAAGGCGUUGUAUGACUUUGAGCCUGAAAACGAGGGAGAGCUGGGUUUCCACGAGGGCGAUAUCAUCACCCUGACCAAUCAGAUCGAUGAGAACUGGUACGAGGGCAUGCUGAAUGGCCAGUCAGGAUUUUUCCCUCUUAACUACGUCGAGGUCCUUGUUCCGUUGCCACACUAAUAUAAAGAGAGCAAGAGAGGAAUGAUGAAAGAGGAGAGAGGGAGUAGAACUGGUCGAGAUUGUGGAAAGUGAAGCCAAGAGAUGGUCCUCAGAAGAUCUAUUUCCACCUUCAGCUCCAAUGUUGCCAUCACAGACGAGCACUUUUCUGUCAUCCAGAGUUCUGGAGGAGACUGUCACAUUUAAAGUCCAGACCAGAAUUAUCAACCUAUUCCACCUAAAGGUAAAAAGAAUCCUAGACUAAGAUGGACACAAAAUGUUUCCUGUUAUCUGACAGUCAUACACAUUUCAUGAGGACGAACUGAUCAAAGAGUCAAAAGCAAUAAUUUUUUUUUAUCCACAGAUUACUCAUACAGUAAAGAGAAUUUGUAUUAAAUCUGAUUAUGAUGACUGGGUUGGCACAUUUGUCAUCCUCUUUGUGUGACUGCAGUCUGUUUAAAACUCAGGUUUGUCACCAGUUUAACAGUCAGUUUUCAGACUGGAGAGGCCCAAACCUCAGUAAACUUGGAACUUGACUGAAUAUUUUGCUCUUUGUGCCCCUUGAGGACUGGAGAGCAUUUCUUGAUGCCACCUGCUGGCGUGACUGAGAAUUACUUUUAACUAAAAUAGAGCUAUACAUGAACACAAAUGUUUUACUAGUUGGACUUAAAGGAAAAAAGUACUGCUUCACAUUUUUUAUGAGAAACAUGAGCCAAAAUUUGCCUCAGAGUUGUGAUUUAGACCAUUUUCAGGUUUUGGCCUGUUUAUUAACUCUUUCUAAAUAUCCAUUUCAAAGCUGCCCAGUGCUGAUAAUAGUUCUAGAAGAGGCUCUUUAUAUUGGUUCAGUAUUUUGAUUUACGUUUGUUUCAACUUACUACAGUAGUUUGUAAGAGUAGAACUGCUUACUGAAUAUGUGGGGGGGGG